GGCGUUCGUGUUUAAUGGCUUUAUAUCAGGGUUGUGAUUGUCAUCACGCUAACGGCUACUGAAACAACUAGCAUGAGGCCGGUCCUGUCAUCAAGCUAACAGCUACUGAAACAACUAGCAUGAGGCCGGUCCUGUCAUCAAGCUAACGGCUUCUGAAACAACUUGCAUGAGGCCGGUCCUGUCAUCAAGCUAACAGCUACUGAAACAACUAGCGUGUGGCUUUGUCCUGUCAUCAAGCUAACAGCUACUGAAACAACUAGCAUGAGGCCGGUCCUGUCAUCAAGCUAACGGCUUCUGAAACAACUUGCAUGAGGCCGGUCCUGUCAUCAAGCUAACGGCUUCUGAAACAACUAGCAUGAGGCCGGUCCUGUCAUCAAGCUAACGGCUUCUGAAACAACUAGCAUGAGGCUGGUCCUGUCAUCAAGCUAACGGCUACUGAAACAACUAGCAUGAGGCCGGUCCUGUCAUCAAGCUAACGGCUACUGAAACAACUAGCAUGAGGCCGGUCCUGUCAUCAAGCUAACGGCUAAUAAAACUACUAGCGUGAGGCUUGACGUUUGUCUGUAUUACUGACAUUUCAUUUUCUUCAACUGCCACAGGUGGUUUGUUUUUUCUGGGACUGUCUUUGUACCCUUUAGGCUCCAACAAACAAGUUUGGUGAAAUACGAUGAAGUAGUUUGCCUGUUUCCAUGACAUUCCUGGAACAGAGCUAGCUGUUGUUUUCCACUAACCCUGGUAGUGCUCAACAUGGGUAUGUAGUGUUGAACUGUGAAAGGUGUGGCUGCUCCUAACUCUACCCGAAGCCCCGGGUGCUUGUGACGGUGUUUAGUUGGCGUAUUGUCCACCUCAGAGUGUUGACGACUACUAUAACACAGACGGCUCUGGUUAGCAGCAGUUCCACAGCGUUGUGUGACCAGUGCUCCUAACUCUUUACUCGACACCUCGCUGUAAGGGACUCGCUGUGUUUUUGUAUUGGGAAUGUCCACUGUUAACACGGACGGCCGUCCCGGCCUGUCCUCUGGUUCAACAGCAGCAGUACUGCAGCGUCUCCGUUCCCUCCCAACCCGUUCCACGACCCCCUGUCUUCCAUCACCCCCACCCUCUUCUCCGAGGUGGAGCGCUCCAUCGACGAGGAACUCCUCCUGAUGGAGCUGUGUGAGGAAGACUCUGAGGAGGGGCGAGAGGAUCCUGACCCUGUCAAAGAUGAUCUGUACGCUCGGCGGUUGGAACUGGCCCUCCACCAGACGACCUCCAACCCUGGCUACAACCGCUUCCUGCCCCGCUAUUGGACUCCCGAGGAGGAGGUGCACGUCAGGACCAUCAGGCUGGGCUCUCAGAGGAGACCCUGGUACCACAAGAUGUACAGAUUGAGCCGAAAGACAACAGGUUCCUCAGGAUGAUUCAGGCUGUGACAUCACUCCUUGGCUCGUUGUUCCUGUCUUGUCUGCACCCCCUCCCUCCAGCCACCCCCAUCCUGACUUUACCUUCACCCCUGUAUCCCAGUUCAGUGCUUUGUGCAACUGAAAAUGAACUAUUUCCAAAGGAGUAGAUUUUAAACUAGGCUUGUGUGGUAUCCAGAUUGUCAUGUCUUCAUACCGACCUUGAUCCAUCCUGAGAUAUUCAGUAAUACCGGCACUGAACACAAGGGCUGCCAUUUUUAAACUCCACUGAGCCUCUGUAAUCCGAAGGUUAGCAAUGCUAACAACUACAUGUAAAAUCCCAUAGAGAAUGCUAACGGACGCAUUGCAAAAAUUUGUAUUGUCUCAGACUUAAUCGAUUUGCUGGACAGACAUCCCAACUAUUGAAGUUCUACAAGUAAUUUAAAAAAAAUGCUUCUCACUUUGCUGCACGCACAAAGCAAAUAUUAGACUGCAAGGAUCUUGAUCCAGGAGGGGAUUUUCUGUUAUCACGCAAAGCUUGAUUUUGGAAGAAGCUAACCACUUAGCUAGGUAGCUAACUAGCUACUAAAUUAGCUAACCACUUAGCCAGGUAGCUAACUAGCUACUAAAUUAGCUA